UUUUCUUUCAAUUUGACUGAGCGACACUUCCCCCCACCCGGCAGCUUGCUAGACCCGGUUUAAGUGCUCCUCUGAAUCAGGAGAAGCUGGGGGAGAGAAAUGGCCUCCCCCUCCUUUUCUUCCAGGGUCCUUUGGGGGGUCUUGCUCCUUGCGCUGCUCUCUCUGGCUCAGGCAGGCAGAAAUUUCUGGCUGUUCCGCCAGCAGGUCCUGAAGCAGCGAGAGCAGCAUGCGAUGGAGGAGGCGUAUCUUCGCCUGAGACAGCUGCCUCGGUUCCUGGUCCCAGGGAUGUGGAACGCUCCCCUCGAGAGCUUCAUCCGUCAGCCCCUGGACCACUUCAACCGGCAGGAACAGCGCACCUACAACCAGAGAUUUUGGAUUAACCAGGAAUUUUGGCGACGCCCCGACGGACCGGUCUUCCUCUUCAUUGGGGGCGAGUCUGCCUUGUCGGUGUACGAUGUGCUGGCAGGACACCACGUGGAGCUGGCCCAGAAGUACGGAGCUUUGGUGGUGGCCCUCGAACACCGUUUCUAUGGGGCCAGCAUCAACCCUGAUGGGCUGCAAGAUCACAACCUUCAGUUCCUGUCCAGCCAGCAAGCCUUGUCUGACCUGGCCUCCUUCCACCACUUCAUCACCCAGAAAUUCAGCCUGACAUCCAACAACACCUGGAUUUGCUUCGGAGGCUCCUAUCCUGGCUCCCUGUCUGCCUGGUUCAGACUCAAGUUUCCCCACCUGGUCUUUGCUGCUGUCGCUUCUUCUGCCCCUGUCAGAGCCCAGCUGGAUUUCACAGGCUACCUUAUGGUUGUUGCCGCAAGUCUGUCCAAUCCAGUUGUCGGUGGUUCCAAAGAGUGCCUGGAGGCCGUGGCUGAUGGCUUCUCUGCAGUGGACACCCUGGUGCACGAUGGGGCCCUGGCCAAGCUGGCGAAGGACUUCCGCUCCUGUCAGGAGUUGGAGGGCUCUGGCGACUGCGUGCAGCUGGUGUCCAACCUGGCCGACAUCUUUAUGCUGGCUGUGCAGUACAACAACGAAUACAUGCCGUGGAGCACCAUCGCCAACUUUUGCCGUGUCAUGACCAACAACAAGACUGGCUCGGCCUACCAGAGACUUAUGGCUGCCAACAACGUGUACUUGGACGGCAUGAACAUGACAUGCAUGGAGAAUAAUCACACAGAGGCCCUGCAGGAGCUGCGCAACACAUUCAUCUCCACGUCGGGCGUGGGCAUCAGGCAAUGGUACUUCCAGACAUGUACAGAGUUCGGAUACUACCAAACCUGCGAUGAUCCUGCCUGCCGCUUCUCCCGCUUCAUGAACCUGACGACUGAGCUUGAAACCUGCCGAGAGGUCUUCGGCAUCCCCUCUCAGGCUGUCCAGGAGGCUGUGUCCUUCACCAAUGACUACUAUGGGGCUGAUCGCCCCAAAGCCAGCCGCGUCCUCUUCGUGAACGGCGACAUUGAUCCUUGGCAUGCCCUGAGUGUCCUCAAGAACCAGUCCCGCUCUGAACGGGCUAUUUUAAUCAACGGCACUGCCCACUGCGCUGACAUGUCGACACCCAACCCCCGGGACCCACUGCCCCUUGUCCAUGCCAAAGAGCAAAUCUCCUUGCAAGUUGAUGAGUGGCUGAAGUUGGCGAGAAAGAUAAAUCAAGGCAGCUGAGGGGCCAAAUGAGAAGAUGCUUCGCCAGCCCAAACCACUGUCGCCUCUCCUUGCAGAAAGACUGCUUGCUCCUGCCUUGUCUUAGAGACUCGCAAAACAUCUUUGCAUCACCUGGAAAAUAACUACGUGGCAGAAAUAUCUGUGGGGUUGUUAUUGG